AUCUUUUGUGUACAUUGACGUUGUGUGAAUCGUCUGGAGAAAGAUAACGGGUCCUGCCAACAUAGAAACAAAAAAUCGCUUUUAAUUUGAUGUGCAUAUGUCGUUUAGAGGUUAUGUUUGCGUUUUUGUAACCAGCAACGUUGAUCCCAGGCCCGGCCCAAACCGCCUCUCGUCGUUAUUCGCUAAUGGGAGCUCAGUAGCUAGCUAACUUGACGAUGAUGAUGAUGCAUCAGUGGAAUUAUCCCGGUGUCUCUGACUGAGAUGGAGCCAGCGACGCUCAAGUGGAGUUGCUUGCUAGCUAGCUAGCAAGCUAACGGUGCCCGCCGGGGUUCACUGUGCCCGAGCAGCCCUGGAUAACGUUAGCUAAAUGGGUGCUACUGCAGCUUAUCACACAGGGUUUGUUGUAACGUUAUCAGACAUUUCCACCCUCAGAUUUGAGAGAGACUGACCAUGUCAACUAGCAAAAUAUGCUAACUUGACCGUUUAGGUUAGCCACACGUGACACAGUUUAUCUCGCUCAAACAAUUAGCUAGCUACAUUCUCUGGCCGUCCUUGGAUGCUCCAGUGACAUUAAUUGGACGGUGUGUAUCAGGAUGGCACAGCUCUUGGACGGGGCCGGCAAGCUGGGCUGGGUUCUGCUCAAGUCUGUGAUCCGUUUUGUGUUUAUGUUUUUUAACAACUGUGUAGCCAUCCCAUCCUACUGCUUAUACCUGGUGCUUCUCCAGCCGCUGAGAAUAUGGGACAGCUCCACUUUCUGGCACAUCGAAGGAAUCAUGUUCAAAUGGUUGCUGGCCAUGGUGUCUUCAUGGGGCUGGAUCGCAGGUUAUACAGUAACGGAGUGGGGUGACGACGUACGGCCCAUCUCUGAAGAAGAAGCCAUGGUCAUCGUCAACCACCAAUCCACAGGAGAUGUGUGUACGCUCAUGAUGUGCCUGCAAGACAAGGGCAUGGUGGUACAAAAAAUGAUGUGGUUGAUGGACCAUGUGUUCAAAUACACUAACUUUGGCCUAGUGUCCCUGAUCCAUGGGGACUUUUUCAUCAGACAGGGUAAAGCUCACAGAGACAAGCAGCUGAUCUACCUGAAAGAUCACCUAGAGAAAUACUACCACAGCCGUGACAGGAAGUGGAUAGUGCUGUUCCCAGAGGGUGGCUUCCUGCGCAAGCGGCGGGAAACCAGCCAGUUGUUUGCCAAGAAGCGUUCUCUCCCCCACCUGACCCACGUCACAUUGCCUCGUAUCGGGGCCACCCACGUUAUCCUGAAAACCCUGUCAGCCCAGCAGGAGAAUGGCAGCGUGGGCAGCGAGACUGGGACUCCUAACCAGACAGGUAAUAAACGUAAAGGCCUGCAAUGGGUAAUAGAUGUGACCAUAGCUUACCCCAAAGCAAGACCCAUGGACAUCCAGACCUGGAUCUUUGGCUACAGACCUCCUACAGUCACACAUGUCCACUACAGGAUGUACCCAAUAAAAGAGGUUCCUGUGGAGGCAGAGGCACUGACUGACUGGCUGUAUCAGAGGUUUGUGGAGAAAGAAGAGUUGCUGACCCACUUCUACAGCACAGGAUCAUUCCCCUCUGAAGAAGGCCACAAGGAGGCAGCUUCCCGGCAGAUGAUCCUCGACCCCGUGAGGCUGUGCAUUAUCCAGUCGUUUGCUUUCGCCUCCGGCUACAUGUGGUACAGCGUCCUCUGGUACCUCUACUGCUGUUUAUUUUGAGUGCGCUGCUGAGGCGAGAGUCUUUAUCGGACCACUGGAAAAGCCUCAGGAUCAGUUGGGGUGUGGGGCCCAGCGUCAUACUAGCCCCCUUCGAUUGAUGAAUGUACAUUUACAACAGUGGAGAGACUUAAUAGGAAUCAAAAAACAUAUGAAGAACACAAACACGCGGAAUACCAAUACAAAAUGAAACUGGUCACAGGCAUAGUUAACUUGCACACAACCCUAACACCAAACACUCGCUCCAACGGCCUAGCAGAAUAAUCUCUCGCACUCGUCACGACUCACAUUUUGAUGUUUACACGUCCUCAUACACGUAGACGCUCACACGUACAUAACUUUUUAUUCGAAGUGAACGAAAUGAGGCUCAGGACUCCUCCAGGGGACACUCUGGACCGAACUCUUCCCCCCCGGCUCCUAGGCUUUAGCCGUAGUAGUUUUACAGAGUAUAAAGUAUGUAUGGACGCGUGUGUGAGUGAACAUAUGUGACUAGAAGCAUAAUGUCUGCCCUUAUUCUUCUUCCUGGCGAGGGUCGAUGAAGCCCGCUGGACCUCUCUUUCAGCCCGCCGACUAGCCGGCUGGCCACACCUUCCAGAGCGAGCGGCUGUAUGAACGUUGAGGCUGCGCAGCCCGCUGCUCCUCUGGCCUUCAUUGCACUAAGGAUCCAUACUGCCCUACCUGCUCCCUGUCCCAGGAAAUGUUCCUGUGUGGUAGCUGUCAAUGUUUUAAUUUCUUUUGUUUUCUUCCCUUAACCUGCAUAUCUCCAGAACAACGGCCAUUGUAUUUGUUGUUGAUGUCUUUUUGUUGACUUUUUUUUUGUUUUCUUGUUUUCACCUGUCUGUUGAGGCAGUAUUCUGAGCUCACUGAGAAAAGGGGGAUCAUGUUUACACUGGCAGCCCUGCUGAAAGCCUAAGGGAAUGGUGGCUAUGAUGCGCCGCUUGAAUUAAGGAUCGUUUUUCUGUGUCAGACAUUGAAGGGAGGAAGAGGACUGUGCCGUAGUGCUAAUUUAAGAAAAAAGAAAAGAAGAAGAAAAAAAAAAAAACAGUGGUGGCACGCAGGGCAAGAAUUGCAGUCUGAUUGCCCUAAAAGUAUCCCCUCUUUGUGGAUUCCCCUUUUCACCAUCUGCUGUCCAACACACACACACACAGCCAUGUGCAGCUACACACAGCAGAGUAGACAUUGUCUUUGUGGAUCAUCUCUAGAAGGCAAGAGACUCUUAUCCCCCCCUCCCCUCCCCCCCAUUGGACUACAUCGUUUUACAAAUAUUUAAGCCAUAUGCUUAGUGUCGUCAGGUGGGAAAAAGACUUGGAAAAAAAUAUGAUUUUUAUAGGAAGCUACCCUAAUGUUCAGCAUUCUAAAAUAGAGAUUUUGGCUUACAGAACUAUAGGUGUCAUUACUGUAAAUUUACAGCAUAACCUGCCUAAGUGAGUGUGUGUGGUAGUCUUCCCCCCCCCCCCCCCCCCCAUUUUUUUGAUAUAUAUGAUUCAUGUCGUGUUGCUCUGUGACAGAGUGUGGCGGCAAUUUCACCAUGAGUGGUCAAUUUUUAUUCAUUUUAAAUUACAUGAAACUGUUGUCCUCAUGUCAUGAUAUGUUUAAAUCUUGUAUAUAACGAAGCUGAGGAAGAGUUUUCAUUGUUGGAAAUGAUGGCAGCGUUUCUCUUUUGGUCCUUGAUAAUUUCAGAGAUUUUUAAUUUAAAAUAUGAAUGAUUUGUUUUGUUUAUUUAAACAAGAAAGCAAGGAUUUUACCUUCACUUUUCAGUGUUAACUCUGUUUUUUGGGGGGUUUUUCUGGUUGUUGUUGAGUUCCUGACCAGGACGUUGUUUGCUUAAAGACAUUACAGCUAUUGUACGUCUGUGUGCUGGCUGACACUACGUUUGCACAGCGACACGUGGGCCCAGUUUUGAAUUUGUACCACUGUACAUUUGAAAUCAUCAGGAUUUAGUGGGAAAACCACGACUAUCGAGCCUUACCUGAUGUCCUGGUAGACCACAAUCCAAACCAAACAUUUGUUAUAAAGCUAGUUUCAUGGUGUCGAUCUAAAACUGGGCCAGUGACGAAGGGAUCACUCUUCACAGACGAGGGGAACUCUGGCAGGGCCCUGCAAUGAUGCAGCUGUUCUCUCUCCAAUGUCCUUGUGUUGUGGUUUUGAGGUCAAUUAUAUGUAAUUUGCUUAGCCUGCUUUAAUUGGGAAAAUUAUAGAGGACCAGCAAUUCUCAUUGUCAAACUAAUGCAUAAAAGGUGCAUUUUAGUAGUUUACUGCCCUCCCUGUUUGCCACUGUUUGUAGAAACUGUGUGAAAUGCUAAAAAAAAAGGGCUACCUGACUGGGUAGAUAAAAACUUUUUUUUUAAUCCGGCUGUAAAUGUGAUUCAUUCAGCGGCCCUCUUAGAUUCCCCUCCAUCGUGAAAGUGACUUGAAAUAAAGCUUCAUCUUUCUUUCUUUUCACUUUAAUUUUCUUUCUUUUUUUGAUUUUCUGACCAUGUUUCCAAAGAAGGCAGGGAAAUAAUGUUUUCCUAGAUGUGGUUUUAGGAAAUAAACACAAAUAGGGAUUUAAACAAAUUAUACUAGAGCUGUCUGUAAUUUUCCAUUUUGUACUUCUCCUUUAAUUCCUAGCUACACAGCCAUUUUACAACACAAAAGACUUGUGCUGGAAUAAAACAUCAUAAAGAUCCUA